AUGCUUUGUUACAGUUGGCUCAACUUUGUUCGAACAUCUAAUCAAUGAAGUUUACUAUUUUAUUGAACUUAUCCCCUUUUUUUUCAGAUUCUCAGUGAAGAAUGUAUAAUAUCGUUGCGCACAAUUGGAGUGAAUAGAGUGAAGUUACAAAUAGGUUCUGUUUCAAAGCGGAGUCCUCAACCGGAAUUUUUUUUUAGGAAAAGGAAUAUUCAACAGCGACGUUCGCAAUCGUGUCUUCAAUGGCGUCGUAGCCGAUGAAGGUUCCGGCGUCAGUUACGACCUUCCUGUCGAAUACUACCGUUACAAGCCGAGUAUAAGAGAAGAUAUCGAGAAUUCGCUGGUAAGAGAUAUUAUGAAAAUUACCGUGUGACCAGAAUUUUUCAGGUGGUUGUCGGUCAUUGCGGAGCCGGGACUUGUCUGGAAGUUCUUCGACUGGGCAAGCCUUUCAUUGCUGUUAUCAACGACACGCUGAUGAACAAUCAUCAGGUGAAUUUUUCGGAACUUUCAGUUUUUAAGCGUCUUUUUGUCUCUUUAUUGCAAUGAAAAAAAUCAAUUAAAUGAAAGAGCAAACGUCUUGAAACAAUGUUUAUCGAAAUUUUUCUUACAAUUUUUAUUUUCAAGGGCAUAAAAGAGUUGUAGUUUCUAAUGAAAUUUUCAUUUAAUUUCAAAAUAAGUACUACUUUUUUUGUAAAGUUUAAAAACGAAAUUGUGUUGCCACAAAUUUCAAAUAAACGCUAUAAAUCCUCUUUUCCCACUCUAAUCUUCAAAAAAUAAAAGUGGUGAUAGAAAGAAAGUGCUACUUUUGUGGUGUGCGAAAAGUCGACUUUUUUUUUCCUCCACCGUACAAAAAUCAUACAGGCGUUUUUAGAAACGCACAGCCUUGCAAUAUAGAAAAAAACGUGGAAAAAGACCCUUAGCUUCAAAAGUCUCACAAAAGUUCUUAAUGUUCCUUUAUACACCAUAGAAAGGCAUUUUUAAAUACUUGGAAAGGAAAUUAAAAAUUACGCCAAUUCCGUUUUUAAUCUGUAAACAACAGGAAGAACUGGCUCUGGCUCUGUCGGAAGGACUGCACCUUCUGCAUUGCACGCCGUCUUCGCUCUCCUCGACCCUCCAGAAUCCCGGUCUCUUCACAUUGAUACCUUUCGAACCGCCGUCCCAGAAGCGAGUUGCCGCUCUAAUUGAUCAGAGAAUGGCUGUUUCUCGAUAA